AUGUAUGAGGAGCGGGAAGGAGGCUCAGAAGGAAGCGAGAGUUCAAAAAGAGACAAACAGAGACAAACAGAGACAAACAGCUCUCUGUCGGGCCGCAUUGUUGGAGGCGUCUGGUGGUUCUUCACCCUCAUCAUCAUCUCCUCCUAUACUGCCAACUUGGCUGCCUUUCUGACAGUGGAGAGGAUGGUGUCUCCUAUAGAGAGUGCUGAGGACUUGGCUAAGCAGACGGAGAUCGCCUAUGGAACGCUGGAUGCCGGCUCCACCAAAGAAUUCUUCAGGAGGUCGAAGAUCGCCGUGUUUGAGAAAAUGUGGUCGUACAUGAAGUCGGCCGACCCGCCUGUGUUUGUCAAGACGACAGACGAGGGCGUGAUGAGAGUCAGGAAGUCUAAGGGCAAGUAUGCCUACCUGUUGGAGUCCACAAUGAACGAGUACAUAGAGCAGAGGAAACCGUGCGACACUAUGAAGGUGGGAGGAAACCUUGACUCUAAAGGUUAUGGCAUCGCCACACCGAAGGGCUCCCCUCUCAGAAACCCAGUAAACCUGGCAGUGUUAAAACUGAACGAGCAGGGCCUCUUGGACAAAUUGAAAAACAAGUGGUGGUACGACAAGGGAGAGUGCGGCAGCGGGGGCGGGGACUCCAAGGUCAGAGCCAGUUUGAUAAACCCUGCGGGUAACCCACCACCACUGGGAGUGGGAAGUUGUGGGGAGGGGGGCAACCGGCAGGCCCACACUGCACUGCCACUCUAG